AUGGAAUUGUCAUUACUUGAAAAAAAUCAGAAAGGAGACGUUGUAGGCUACGUGUUUGCAUUUGGAAAUUACACCUGUUGUUUUAUUCAAGAAAUCGGGAAACAAACUUUGCUUCAACAUAGACCAGUGGAAGUUAUAAAACAAUUUAAAGAUUUUCUUCAAUAUGAAACUCUCAAAACACUUCAUGAUGCCACAGCAUGCAAUCGGUACAUCUGUGAAUUGCAAUUGUACAUGCUGGAAAUCUCAGCUGCUUUCAAUACAUAA